AUGUCGAAGUCGCCGACCGCAAAGACUGUUCAGAAAAGCAGCAAGAAACUGACAAAAACGUUGAACGAAAUUAAAGGAGGAAAGUCGAAACUUUUUACACUUAGUAAUCCCGAAGAUGGUCUUGAGACACAACUGAAGAAGUUCCACCAAGUUUUAGAAACGGAGUCCAAAGCGUCUGAAUUCUCCUUAGAAACGAUCCAAACUGUUGUUGACUUGUGGUCGAGUGCCAUCGACUUUGUAUUAAGAAACCCACAACACCAAUUCUUGAAUGGUGUCUUAAACCUUAUUCUCAAACUCUUUGAAUUGCCACAAAUACAACCGAUGGUGUUGGCUGACUUCCCCGCACCCGAUGAAGUCGAUGCAAAUACGGAAAAGGUGUUGGAUUCGU